GAGAAGGCGCCUCAUUCACUGUAUCUGCAGUUACUCCGUAGCUGGCGUUCUAUCAACAUCAUCACGAACGAAGUCACUACCGUGCGAUCGAUAUGGCGUCAGGUAGUUCAUCGCUUAUAGUGUUAAUCGUUUUAUGUUUCACGUGUGUCGUGCUUGCUGAAGAUGAUGGUACUACGAUCGUGCGCAUAAAAAAUGGUCCCAUAAUCGGCGAACGAAGGACAAAUUAUCUGGCGUUUGAGGGUAUACCAUACGCGAAACCGCCUAUCGGUAAGCUACGCUUUGCCCCGCCACAGCUGAAUGAUGAACAGUGGAGCGAACCGCGAAACACGACCCGCUUUGGUUCGGUGUGUCUGCAGUGGAACCAUCUGAUCCCGAACGACGAUAAGCUGGAUGGUGCGGAAGAUUGUUUGUUCUUGAACGUGUACACCAGGACGGCAGAUCCGGAGGCCAAACAGCCGGUGAUCGUAUUUAUACAUGGCGGUGCGCUCAUGUUCGGUACGGGCAGUUUUUAUGAACCGGACCAUGUGAUGCGCCGACCGUUGGUCCUGGUAACCUUCAAUUAUCGUCUAGGACCGCUGGGAUUCUUGAGCACCGAAGAUGAUCAUAUUCCCGGAAAUUACGGUCUCAAGGACCAGGUGACGGCACUGGAGUGGGUCCAGAAGAACAUCCACAGUUUCGGUGGCGAUCCGAAGCGAGUAACGAUCGUCGGUUACUCGGCCGGUUCGGCCAGCGUGCAUUUACACUAUCUGUCCCCACGGUCGAGUGGUCUGUUUAGCCACGGUAUCGGACACAGCGGAUCGGCACUCAGCCCCUGGGUGAUGGCUGAACGGUCGGCCGAAAAAGCGAAACGCGUCUCGGCCGCACUCGGCUGCCCAACAAGACAAACGGAAGCGAUGCUCGAUUGUCUACGCGAACUUCCGGCCGAGGAUAUCGUGCGCCAAGUCGCUUAUCUGUUGGACUUUCUCUAUAAUCCAUUUUCACCCUUUGGCGUUGUGGUAGAGAAGCGCACGGCACAUAACCCGGCACCGUUUCUCGAGCAAACGCCUCGAUCGCUCAUGAGGAAAGGAUCGUUCACGAAGCUGCCCUUGAUACUGUCCGUGACUGAGGCCGAAGGUCUGUACCCUGGUGCCGAGCUCCUGAGCAAACCGGAAUACCUCGAGGCGAUCGAUACCCGCUGGAACGAACUGAUGCCCAGUGUGCUGGACUACCGAACGUCCGUGCCGGAGCCAACGAAACGCAAUCAACUUUCUGAAACGAUCCGAAAGCAUUACUUUGGUUCCGCGCGUGUAACGAGCGAUAACUUCAAGGAUCUUAUCAGACUCAUCUCGAAUCGCUUGUACUUUACGGGAGUGACGGAAACGGUCAAACUGAUGCAACCGCACACAUCGGUGUACCUUUACUUCGAUCACUUCAAGGCCAAGUACGGUGUUGGGGAAGCACUGUCGCAUCGAGACGACGCUGCAGAGCUGCUCGGUGUUGCCCACGGUGACGAUGUGCUACUUAUCUUCUCCAGUAUCCUGAGACAUCUUGUACCGUUUACGGUGGAAGAACUGGCCGUAGCCGAUCGUUUCGUCGAAAUGUAUGAAGCGUUCUCCAAGGGAGCGAAACCAAAAUUCGGAGAUUACGAAUUGCCGGUACAGGAGUCGCCGGACGUGAUAAGCUACUUGAAGCUUGGCUACCCAACGAGCGAAAUCAUGCGCUCGAAGGGUGGUCUCAGCGAUGAAGCUUUCUGGCAGGGGCUCGAUUUUAACGAUGCGCCCUAUGAAGCGGAUGAAGAUGCCAAGCAGGAGAAGAAGGAAGAGGUUUUGCUGACGCAUACCGAGCUUUAAAAAAUGCAGCAUGAAAGCAACGAAAAAUGGAAAUAAUAAAAAUCUUAAUACU